AUGCCUGGCACAUCGCGCAUGCCAGUUAGCCUGCGGGAGGGCUUCAACAAUGUGAGGAAUCGGUCGAGGGCGGGGAGCCCGUUGGCGUUGGGCAUGUUGAACUUGGAUUUAGCCCGCAACCUAAUCUUCUUCCUCUUCGUCCUCCGCUGGACCCGUCGCGUCCUAUGGAAACUCAAAGGCCGCGGCCUCAUCGGCACAAUCGUCGAGCUCUACGUCGACCUCCGCCGCAUUCUGUACGGUUACUUCCUCCGGAUGCCCGGCGUGCGAAACCAAGUCAAGAAACAGGUCGAUGAAGCAGUGGGAAAACUCCAGACAAAACUCGUACCGCUCAACGCGACUCGCUAUCUCACGCUGCCGAAAGAAGGAUGGGACCAGGAUGCCGUCCGGAAGGAGUUGCAGACGCUGGCGGAUAUGGACCACACCCGCUGGGAGGACGGGUUUGUUUCGGGCGCGGUUUAUCAUGGCGAGGAUGAGCUGCUGAAGCUGCAGACGGAGGCGUAUGGGAAGUUUACCGUGGCCAAUCCUAUUCAUCCGGAUGUUUUCCCCGGGGUGAGGAAGAUGGAGGCCGAGGUGGUGGCGAUGGUGCUGGGGCUGUUUAACGCGCCUGCUGGGGCGGCGGGUGUGAGCACCAGUGGAGGGACAGAGUCGAUUUUGAUGGCUUGUUUGAGUGCGAGGCAGAAGGCAUACGUCGAGAGGGGUGUUACUGAGCCUGAGAUGAUCCUCCCCGAAACAGCCCACGUCGCCUUCCGCAAGGCAGGUCUCUACUUCAAGAUCAAAACCCACCUGGUUGCCUGCCCAGCACCAACCUACCAAGCCGACACCCGCGCCAUCGCCCGGCUCAUCAACUCCAACACUAUUCUCCUGGUCGGGUCAGCCCCCAACUUCCCACACGGCAUCAUCGACGACAUCGCCGCCCUGUCCAAACUGGCAGUCAAAAAGUCUGUUCCCCUGCACGUCGACUGCUGCCUCGGCAGUUUUCUGGUGCCGUUCCUCUCCCGAGCGGGGUUCGAAACCCAGCCAUUCGACUUUAGACUCAAGGGCGUGACGUCCAUCUCUUGCGACACGCACAAGUACGGGUUCGCGCCCAAGGGGAACAGCACCGUCCUCUACCGGACGCAGCAGCUCAGGAGUUACCAGUACUACGUCGAUCCAGCCUGGUCGGGCGGUGUGUACGCCUCCCCUGGCAUCGCCGGCUCCCGUCCUGGCGCCCUCAUUGCGGGGUGCUGGGCUAGUUUGAUGUCGACCGGUGAGGACGGGUAUCUCCAAUCGUGCAUUGAAAUUGUUGGCGCGACUAAAAAACUUAUCGCUCACAUCACUACCACGUCUCCUGUUCUGGCGCAAGAGCUGGAGAUCUUGGGCAACCCGUUGGUAUCAGUUAUUGCGUUUAAGAGCAAGACGCUGAAUAUUUAUGACAUUGCCGACGGGAUGUCGGCCAAGGGGUGGCAUUUGAAUGCGCUGCAGAACCCGCCUGCUAUUCAUGUCGCGCUCACGCUGCCGAUUGUGAAAGUGUGGGAGAAGCUCGCGGCGGAUCUGGAGGCGGUGGUGGAGCAGGAGAAGGAAAAGGAACGGGCGAGGGUGGCGGAGGGGAAGGGGGCAAAGGGGAAGGAGGUGGGGGAUAGCGCUGCGCUUUAUGGGGUUGCGGGGAGCCUGCCGAACAAGAGUGUUGUUGUCGAGUUGGCGAGGGGUUUUUUGGAUAUUCUUUACAAGGCUUAG